UAGAGACGCAAUAAUAGAACUUAUUACGCGUAACAUUCAUUAUACUGCGUUAGACUGGGCCAAACGAUUAGUCAAGUUUGACGGUUUGAAAAAAUUAAUGGAGGUUGCCAGUCAAUUGGAGGAAUACCAAUACGAAUCUUCGUUCGACAUCACGUAUUCCACGCGAACUAUUAUCAGUAUGUCCUUAGCAAAGAUAUGGAAAAACAUGGACCGUAAUGUCGAUAAGGGGAUAUUUUUCAACACCAUUGAUAAAUUUAUUAAGGAUAAAUUGUUUACAUCUGACACAGAAUCUAAACUGCGUGGAGUAGUUGCAAUAACAACCCUAAUAUUCGGUCCGUUAGAAGUUGCAGACAGAAUUAUCUUUACAAAUCCGUCGACGGGUUGUAUGAGGAUUCUCGAUAUGGCGAAAACGGAUGACGUAUUGCAACAGAAAGUGGUUUGCGAAUGCCUCGUUGCCGCUAUGACUAAUUUUGAUGAGGUCAACGCGCUCAUAAAUGAAGGUGUAAAGAUAUUGCGGAUAUUUCUGUAUCAAUCUAAGGAUGAUGUAAUACGGAUUCAAGCGUUGGUGGGUUUCUGCGAGUGGAGCAAGUUUAAAACCCGCGGUUACAUUAGCAAACCGUUCUGGGGUGAAGCGACGGACAAAUUAGUCAAGGUUUGCAGAAGAUUAUUAAUAAAUCCCAAGAAAGAAAAAAAUAUAAUAAAAUGGGCCGUUAAAGGCCUAUCGUACCUCACUCUCGACGGCAACGUCAAAGACGAGUUGAUCAAGGACCAACAAAUCAUUCAAACAGUUUUCGAGCUUGCCAAGAUUAGCGAUCAAUCAGUCCUCUAUAGUGUGGCCACGACGCUAGUAAACGUGUGCAAUGCUUAUGAGAGGCUUAUGAUAGAAUCUACAUUUCAACCAACAUUUAUACCUGAGAUAGAAGAAUCGAUGAAAUUUCUCAAAUUUUAUUUUCUUGAAGAAUAUCUGUCUAAAAAUGACGAAGACUUUGUGCAGAAAAGACGGUGCCUGUUAGUGAAGAACGGUGUGACCGGCGCUCUGGUCAACCUCGCCAAAACGGGCAACCAAAACUGCAAGGAACUGACAGCUCGCGUAUUCUCCGCUAUAUGCGGUAAAGAGGAAUUGACAAAAACAGUUGUUCAACAAGGCGGUACGAAGGCAUUGUUGUCGUUAGCGCUAGAUGGCACAGACAAAGGAAAAAAGAUAGCUUCGCAAGUCUUAGUCUAUCUGGCACACACGUUACCUCCUGAGGAUGCAUUUCCCGGUGAUUUAAUGAUGGAUGUUGUACAGCCGAUCACAAAUCUCUUGAACCCGGAGUGUUCCGUUAAUGAGAGAUGCGAGGCUCUAACAGCUUUGUGCAAUCUAGCUAGUGUCAAGGAUAGUAUGCGAUUACAUAUAUUUAACGACUCAGGAUUUGAGAAUUUCAACAACUAUAUGAACGAUAAUCACGACAUGGUGGACUGCGCGUACGCAAAACUAAUAAACAAUUUGGUAUUAUGCCGUAAAGUUGCUAUUCAAUAUGUUAAGCAGAGAUAUUAUCAACUUGGGUAUCUUAUUGGUUGGUCUGUGGUGAGCAACGUAGAUGAACGUACAAAGAAAGCAGCAGUUGAAGCGGUAACAACGCUAACGGCAGCCAGCGAAGAAGCUUGUGAAAAAUUACUUCGCUGGGAUAUUUGGCCGAAAUUCCUAUACCUUUUACUCAAUAAUCCAGACAAUUACUUUCAACGUAAGGGUAUUGAAAUUGCGUUAAAUAUGGUGAAUAGUACAAAAGACGUCGCUGCAAAACUCAUCAAAACAGAUACAAUAAUGAAACAAGUGAGAGAAUUGAGCAAGAACGAUACCAUACAAAACGAAGAGAUCAAGGAAUUAGCAUCCCUUGUUCUAGAGGCUGCUGCGAAAUGGAACCAGGAAAUCGAGGAAAAUGUCGAAGGGAACGAAUCGUCAGAUAGCAUUGCAUGAUAAUA